AUGAACCAAAAGAAAAAAAGAAGAGUUUUUUCUUUUCAAAUUAAAAAUUUGGCAGGCACAUUAUCAGAAUUGUUUGAUAGUUAACAGACUACAAGUAGAAAAUAAAACGAAUAACCCAAUAUCAAGACAUUACUGGGUUUCAAUGAAAUCGAUUAAUUCUAUUCGCCAAAGGAAUCUGGAUCAACUACACAGAGAUCUAUUCCAAGGUUUCGUAAGAAUUCAAUCAGUCCCAAGCAUUCUUACAUCUAUUCUAGGAAAACAAUUCAAACCCCUUUGACAAUACGGUCAUCAUUAGUAAUGCUUAAUCAAUUUGAAUAACAAUUUGGUGAUAGUAUUCAAGCUAAUGAUCAAGUUGGAGCUAUAGAAAGUCUACUAAAUAUGAUGGUAAUUGCAGUUGAAUAAGAUAACAUAACUUUACUCAUAACAUUUAUGCGUCUGAGUGCAUUAACAUUUAUUUCUUUUUAAGAAUGGACCAAGGCACUCCUUUUUUUAUAACAUUGUAAAUUUCUAAGUGAAUUCACCAGAUAGUUGGAUGUAAUUUAAUGGACAUUUCUUCAGAUAGGAAUUUUGUGUAAAUAUGUCAAGAAAUAUGAUCUGGGUAAAAUAUUCAUAAAGAAAUCAUUAGAAUAUGCAUGGCACCUGAAAGAUAUCGAUUAAGAGAUAAUCUGUUAUGAGGAACUUGGAAAAUUAUGCUUUCUCAAUUACGAAUUAAAAACAGCUAAAUCUUUACAUGAUAAAAGUAUGAAAGGAACAGUUGAGAAAGAAAAGUCUGCCAUGAAAAUGGUCUCAUAAAAAGGAAUGCAAUAAAUCAUAAAGAUGUUGCCAUAAGAAGAGAAGAGAAUGGGGUUACACAUUUUUUCUAAAGCUGUAAGUUUUCCCAUCAAAUUAAUUCAAUGUUAAAAUCCUCUCUAUUAUUAAAGACGAUAAGUGAAAAAUCAAUAUAUGAUAUCACAUAAUUUAGAAUGCAUACCAAACUAAAGAGUUAUUGAAAUUGAUAUUUCAUUGGAUGAGAUGUUAUAAUAAUUUCUUAAAGGAAAGAAUUUUGCCUUUGAAAUUCCCAUACCAAUCUCUGUGGCCGAUGAGUAUGAAAAUAUAAGACAGUAAAGUUCUACACCAAAAAUAUAGUAAUUAAAGCAAACUUAGGCAGCUACCUUAAUUAAAUUAUCCACUUUAAAGUUGCAUCCAACUUCAAACAAAUAACCAAUAAUUAGAUUAAAUGAUUUUUAGAAGAAACUUCCAUUGGAGGAAAUGAUUAGAUAACGUUUGGAGAUGAAAUUUGAAACUCAUACAACUUCUACGGAAACAAUUAGGAACAGAAAAUUCUCCAGUAAUUUAGAAUUAAUCAGAUUAACACAUGAGAGAGAUGGAAUUGCUUUGAGUGUAGAACAUUAAAAGCGAGGCUUAAUUAAAUACGCCUAGAAAUUACUGAAUCAAUAAUAAAUUACUUUCCUAUGA